ACAUAGGCAGACAGCGACCAACACCGGCACAGGGGAGAAGAGAAGAAGAGCUCACUCCACCACCCAAGAUCAAGAAAGAAACCCGAUCGACCGACAGAGGAAGAAGGAGAUGAACGCGGACUUCGGCGCGCCCAAGGACCUCGCGGGGGGCCUCCAGCACCGGAGGUCUCUCUACCGCCCCGCCCUCCCGCCCUGCCUCCAGGGCGCGACGGUGAAGGUUGAGUAUGGCGACCCGACCACGACCAUCGACCCCACCUGCGCCAACGUCGUCGCGGACGCCUUCCCCUGCACCUACGGCCAGCCGCUCGUCAGCUUCGUCGCGCCGCCGGCCGACGCCGCCGCCGACGAGGCCCGCAAGCCGCUCAGGGUGGGCGUGGUGUUCUCCGGGAGGCAGUCGCCGGGAGGCCACAACGUGAUCUGGGGUCUCCAUGAUGCUCUCAAGGCUUACAACCCUCACAGUGUUCUCUAUGGAUUCGUUGGUGGCACUGAGGGACUGUUUGCAAACAAGACAAUCGAGAUCACAGAUGAUGUUCUUGCUUCAUACAAGAACCAAGGUGGUUUUGAUUUGCUCGGUAGGAGUAUUGAUCAGAUCCGCAGCACUAAGCAAGUCAAUGCUGCAAUGACCACAUGCAACAACCUAAACUUGGAUGGACUGGUCAUCAUCGGAGGAGUGACAUCCAAUUCAGAUGCUGCACAACUUGCAGAGACCCUUGUCCAGAAUAACUGUAAGACCAAGGUCGUAGGUGUGCCCGUUUCACUGAAUGGUGAUCUCAAGAACCAGUUUGUUGAAACAACAGUUGGAUUCGAUACAGUGUGCAAGGUUAAUUCUCAGCUUGUGAGCAAUGUUUGCCUCGAUGCAAUCUCAGCUGGAAAGUACUACUAUUUUGUCCGCCUGAUGGGCAGAAAAGCAUCUCAUGUGGCCUUUGAAUGCGCACUUCAAUCACACCCAAACAUGCUUAUCUUAGCAGAGGAGGUGGCACUAUCAAAACUCACACUGAUGGAAGUUAUAAGCAAGAUAUGUGAUGGAGUACAAGCAAGGGCAGAAUUAGGGAAAUUCCAUGGUGUGCUCCUUAUUCCAGAAGGGCUGAUAGAAAGCAUUCCAGAAAUGUAUGCUUUGAUUCAGGAAAUCAAUAUCCUCCACAACAACAAUGUUCCUGUGGCAGAGAUGCCAUCACAACUGUCUCCAUGGGCAGCUGCACUGUUCCAGUUCUUGCCACCAUUCAUCAGAAGAGAGCUGCUCCUCCAUCAAGAAUCGGACAACUCUGCCCAGCUGUCCCAGAUUGAUACUGAGCAAUUGUUGGCCCACUUAGUAGAAGCAGAAAUGAUAAAGAGAACAAAAGAAGGAAGGUACAAGGGAAGGAAGUUCAGCUCUGUGUGUCAUUUCUUUGGAUAUCAGGCUCGAGGAUCCGUCCCGUCAAACUUUGACUGUGACUAUGCUUAUGCUCUUGGCCGUAUCUCUUUGCAUAUGAUAGCAGCUGGCUUGACUGGGUACAUGGCAACUGUAGCCAAUCUGAAGGACCCUGUAGACAAGUGGCGAUGUGCUGCUGCUCCUCUAACUGCAAUGAUGAGUGUCAAAAGACACUUACGUGGUCCUGGAGCAAUCCCAAUAGGAAAACCUGCCAUUCAUCCUUCUCCAAUUGACCUGAAAGGGAAGGCUUAUGAGUUGCUGCGAGAGAAAGCUUCAAGCUUUCUCCUUGAUGAUUUCUAUAGGACCCCUGGAGGCAUUCAAUACGAAGGGCCAGGUUGCAAUGCAAAGCCCAUCACACUGACCAUUGAGAACCAAGACUACAUGGGUGACAUCGAGAUACUGAAAGACUGUCUCAGCAAGGUGAGGACCAUGGUGAAGCCCGGCUGCUCGAGGGAGGUUCUGAAGGCGGCGAUAAGCUCGAUGUUGUCGGUGACGGACGUGCUGACGGUGAUGUCACACCCGCUCAACGCCGAGCUGCCACUCUACCAUUUCAACUGAGCGUUGUAGAGAAUAAGUCCAGUUUUGUAACACCGGCAGAGACUGGCAUAUUGGGCUACUGGUAUUUGGUAGCUUCAUCCACUUCAUUUUCGUUUCUGUUCGUUUCUUGGGGGUGCGGUGAGAAACACUGGAGUUCAUGUCAAUAAACAUCGGAAACGGUAGUUGAUCCUGAAGCGCAGCUGUCCCAGGAUCUGAAAUGCAUGUGAUGUAAUUGGUGUUUUGCAAUUUUGGAGCUCAAAUUAUCUGGUUGAAAUUUGUGGUGUUAUGCAAAUGGGAAUGAAACUUGUAUACUACUGCGUUCGGUA